CCAUAAUUUGCGACUCGUGAGUGUUUUUUCCAGUCCUGUGGUACGUUUCAUAGAACAGCAGUUUUUUGUGGAAAUCUUCCUGUUGAAAAAUGUCGUCCAAGGAUAGAAUUCCUAUUUUCCCAUCUCGAGGUGCCCAAAUGCAGAUGAAGGCACGUCUUGCAGGGGCUCAUAAAGGCCACGGGUUACUGAAAAAGAAGGCGGAUGCAUUGCAAAUGCGUUUUCGUAUGAUUCUCAGUAAAAUUAUUGAGACUAAAACUCUGAUGGGCGAAGUUAUGAAAGAAGCGGCAUUCUCGCUGGCCGAGGCAAAGUUUGCAUCUGGUGACUUCAACCAAGUUGUUCUUCAAAAUGUGACCAAGGCUCAAAUUAAAAUAAGAACUAAAAAAGACAACGUGGCAGGAGUAACGCUGCCUGUGUUUGAAUCGUAUCAAGAUGGUUCCGAUACCUAUGAGUUGACCGGAUUGGCUAAAGGUGGGCAACAGCUGCAAAAAUUGAAAAAGAAUUACCAGAGCGCUGUUAAGUUGCUGGUCGAAUUGGCAUCUCUUCAAACUUCGUUUGUUACGUUAGAUGAAGUUAUUAAAAUCACUAAUCGCCGUGUCAAUGCAAUCGAGCAUGUUAUUAUUCCAAGAAUCGAUCGCACUCUGGCAUAUAUCAUCUCGGAGCUCGAUGAACUGGAACGUGAAGAGUUCUACCGUCUUAAGAAAAUUCAGGAUAAGAAACGUAUCGCGAAGAAGAAAGCAGAGGAAAAACGAGCAGCGUUGUUGCAGGAAGGGAUAGAUGUGCGCAAUCAGGCCAACAUCCUGGACGAAGGAGAUGAUGACAUCUUGUUCUAAAAGAUCCGUAGCAAUUCAUUCCACAGAACGAACAAUGCGUAUAAAUGAAUCGAUAGUGAGCGAUAGAUGAAACGGCUGGAAAGGUCAUUAUUAUGUAGAAACUUAAUGUUGAAUUUUAUUUUCUGUUUUCCUAUUUAAUGCUUCCGAUAUGUUAGAUACACCAUUUCUGUAUUGGUGCGUUUUAAUCCCGUGAGGUACUGCUAUCGAGGGAGAUAAGCAAUUGAAACAAGCACAUGAAUCAACGUACAUACCAAGCAGUACCAACCCAGAAAUGCAUGAAAAGCUUAUAAAAAAUACAUUAUGGUUUUCAUAUUGAUGUUAAUGAUAAAACAGAAGAUGUAAAUAUAUACUUCUCUACCAAUUCGGCUUGUUUAUUUAUUAGGGCUUUAGUUGACAUUCGAGAGAAACGUUUAUUGAAAAACAAGUAAAUUGCAUCAAAGUAUUUUGGUUCGAUCUGUAUCUGUUUUUUUCCAGAUUUUUAUUAUUUUAAAAACAGAAAGCGCAAUAUAAUCGUUCAACUAGCGAAGUGUAACAUUCCUAAAUCUGUAACUUCCGAUGGACAGGACAUCUCACUUCCAACAACAGCACUUCCCGAACAAUCAACAGCAUUACUUUUGUUACACUCCUUUACUAAAUAGUAAACUGUUUUCCUUGUGUCAAAUAUUACUUCUUUCACCAAAUUGGC